AUGGCAGAGGACCAGCCUGGCGUUGAGCAUCUACCGCCACCAUCUUCUCUCACGGAACAGUUGGCUUUGCGGCAGUCAGGAUUACGGAUGAGUGAGUCUCCUUCCAUGGAAGCGACAGCGGUUCCUUCACAAGCAAACACCCAAACUGGUCCACAAGCCGCUCUGUCUCCUCCUGUCAUCCAUACCCCCUCGCUGCCUGGGCCCACAAUCCUCCCUCCACUUCCUGUUGCAUCGCCUUUCGGUGUUCGACCCGCUUCUAUGCUCAGUAUGAGCCUAGGUUCCAUGCCUGGGACCCCAGCAGCGAUGGGUUCGUUCCCAGAAUCGGGAAUGCUGACCCCCGGAAUAUCUGCAAACGCACCCUCUACGACACCUGUCUCUCCUGGGGCGCGUCCUCUCAAUGUCAAAGAUGCGCUCUCGUAUUUGGAGCUGGUGAAGGUUAAGUUCAGUGACCAACCCGACGUCUAUAAUCAGUUUCUCGAUAUCAUGAAGGAUUUCAAAAGUCAAUCGAUCGACACUCCAGGCGUCAUCGAUCGAGUCUCGACCCUUUUCACCGGUCAUCCGUCUCUGAUUCAAGGCUUCAAUACAUUUCUCCCCGCUGGUUAUCGCAUCGAGUGUUCCCAGGAUGGGCAAGACACCAACGUCAUUGUCACUACACCUACUGGCACCACAACGACCACCGCUGGUUCUGGCAUCAGCAAUCUUUCUCGCGUUGCCAGCGGCGCGGAGAAGAAUCCAACGAACAUAUCCAAUAUUCCUUGGGCUUCCACAAGUUUUGUACAGGACGUGAAUGGAUCGUCUUCAUUUACAGGUCCCAACUCACAAAGCGCACCAGGCGGCAUCCCGCCUGUCCAGCCAGAAUUCAACCACGCCAUCCAAUUUGUAAACAAAAUCAAGAACCGUUUCGCCCAGGAAACAGAAACGUACAAACAAUUCUUGGAGAUACUCCAGAAGUACCAGAAAGAACAGCGUCCAUAUCAGGAGGUUUACCAACAGGUCACUCAGUUGUUCAGGAAUGCUCCAGACCUUAUUGAAGAGUUCAAACAAUUCCUUCCGGACCCGUCAGGCGCUUCUUCGUCUGGGGGUGGCCUUUUUAGCGUGCUCUCAUCCGCACGCGAGAUUGACGAGGGUGAGUUACGCGACAAGAGGAAGGCUGGGAGUGGAGGGGUUGGGAACAUGGAUAGAACAGGUGCCCCCGCUAAACGAAAGCGCCGAGUGGCUGAAAAGGAAGUGAUUCCCCCUAAAGGUUCCCAAGUGAAACGUACAAAACAUGCCCAUAAAGCCGAUGGCGAUGGUCCAUAUGGUCCUGGUGGCUCUCCCGGCCCCAGCGGUGUCAAUGGGAGUGGCACAAAUUAUUCCCACCAGACACAAAUCAAUGGCUUCCACGUACCGCCAGCCGUUGACGAAAGGGAGUUCUUUGAGAACGUGAAGAAGUAUAUCGAUGACAAACCCGCCUAUCAAGAUUUCAUCAAGCUCCUGAACCUGUUUUCCCAGGAGAUUAUCGACGUUUGGACACUCAUUGAUCGAGUUCGACAGUUUUUGGGUGACGGAGAUUUAUUCCAACAAUUUAAGGACCUAUUAGGCAUUGAUGACCGUCAUGCUGUUGAGGUGGAGGGUGGACUGAAGGGCGUGAGCGGCGUCGUGUCUGCGCUGGAACGCCCGCGCGUUGAUCUGAACAAGUGCAGGAAAUAUGGUCCUAGUUAUCGUAAGCUCCCUCGUACGGAAGCCAAGUUGGCGUGUUCGGGUCGUGACGUGAUGUGCUGGGAGGUGCUGAAUGACGAUUGGGUCUCUCAUCCUACUUGGGCAUCUGAGGACACCGGGUUCACUACCAAUAAGAAGAACAUCUACGAAGAAGCCCUGCACAAAAGCGAGGAGGAACGUCACGAAUACGACUUCCACAUUGAAGCAAUCGUUCGUACGAUCCAAAUCCUUGAGCCCAUCAUGGCACGAAUCAAUCUGAUGGAUGCCGACGAACGAACGCAUUUCAAACUCAAACCCGGUCUAGGUGGACAAGGGAAGAGCAUUUACCAGCGUGUUAUCAAGAAGGUAUAUGGUCGUGACCAUGGCCUUGAGAUCACCCAGGCUCUACACGAUAGUCCAAGCAUCGCCGUUCCUGUUGUUCUCAAUCGCCUCAAGCAGAAAGAUGAAGAAUGGAAGCGAGCACAGCGUGAAUGGAACAAGGUCUGGCGUGAGAUGGACGCAAGGAAUUAUUACAAGAGUCUUGAUCACCAAGGUGUAAACUUCAAAGUCAACGACAAAAAGACGGUCGCCGCGAAGCAGUUGGUUCAGGAUAUCGAGGCUAAACGCAAAGAACAAUCUAAAGAACGAGCGAAGCUCAUCGACCCCAGCUUCGCUCGAACCCUGCCCAAGGACCACUAUGCAUUUAAGCUUGACGAUCAUGUUAUCCUGCAAGACAUCGUAAAACUCGCCAUCUCCUUCCUUGAUCGAACUAGUACCGCUCAGUUCUCUCGGUCAGAUAAGGUUGACAUAGAAUCUUCCCUUCGAGAUUUCGUGCCCUUGUUCUUCGUGCUCAACAAAGGAGAGUUCGACGCUAGUUUCCAAGAAGUAGCAAACGUCGUUGUUCCUGUCCCACCGAUCCCAUCUGUUCGAGGCCAUGAAGUAGAGAGUGAUGCUGCUAGUGACGCCGUGAUGGAGGAAGGAGAUGACGCAGUGAGCGUGGCCAGCAAUAAAGGGAAGGCCUCUCAGAAGAGAGGGCAUGGAGCAGUGUCUGGUGCGGAUCUUCGGAAACAACUCCUCAAGAGUGGAACCCAGUCUAGAAAUCCGCGCAAAGGAACUAACAGCCAAACUCCGUCGCGAGCAUCGCCCGCCCCAACACCGGCCGAGGUUGGUGCGGUGGAUAUCGAGAUGAAAGAUUCCCUUGCUCCGAUCUUCGCUACGCACAACGAGCCGGUUCCCCCUCUAUCCAUCGAGAGUGACCAAUUGUGGGUCAAGUACGACUCCAAUGACGUUGAGGCAAAAAAUGCAUCAGCUUUCAAACCAGUGGUGCUGGAGACCACUGCUCGAAAAGUCAGCUUCUUCGCGAACAAUGCAUUCUAUGUAUUAUUACGCCAAAUUCAGGUAUUGUAUCAAAGAUUAUAUGUGUGCAAGCGCAUUGCACAGGAUUUAGCUUCUGAUUCAUCCGGUUUGUGGCUGGCUAACCCCACGGCUGUCGAGCUAGGUCUGCACGACACCGUUGGCCCUGGCCAAUCACGCCUUCUUACUGAGGGACCGAAUCCUGCAAAGCACUUUUAUUCUUUCCUCUUGCAAUGCUGUGAACAACUUUUCGACAGUCAAAUGGACGUAAAUACCUUCGAAGAUAACUUACGAUUUAUGUUCGGUACACGUGCAUAUCUCCUCUUCACGGUGGACAAAGUUAUUGCGGCCAUAAUUAAACAAGUACAAACGAUAGCCGCUGAUUCGAAGAGCCAGGAAUUGUUAUCGCUGCUCCGUCACGAAAGAGCAUCCACGACGUUUUCAAAUCAGCAACUUAUCAGUUACCGCCGAGAAGCCGAGUCAAUAGUUGGAGCUGAGGAGAAUGUAUACCGCAUUUGUUGGCUCGUCCCGUCAAACAUCAUGCAGAUACAGCUUUUGGGAAAAGAUGACAUUAGCACUGAUGACGCCACAACAUUAACCGAGCGCUGGCGACAUUAUAUUGAGUCUUACACUUUGCCUCAUCAGACCGAAGGGCUCCCAUUCGAUGUUAAAGCUCCUAUCCUAAAACGAUCAGUUAGCUCAGAUCAAGACGGACUCCUGCCAUCUUCUGCAUAUAUUACUCGCGCUCGCCUCCAGAUAAAGAUUUGCAUUAGGACUUAUCGCCUCUUCUUUGUCGGUGGCACGGAAGACUUCUAUUGGAGAAGACGAUCGGACGAGGAUAUAAGAAGUAUCCGAUCUGAGACGUUGGACCGAAAGCCCCAGAAAAAGGCAGCGCUUGAUAAAUGGCUCGAUGCAAAGAUUUCCGCCGCAAAAUCUAACCCUGGGGAUGGCACACCUUCAUUCACAACCGCGCCUACACGCAUUCUUGAUGCUGAGCCAUCGGUCAAACCGGAAACAAGUGCUUCAGAAGAUGUUGAGAUGUUGACUGGUAGCGCUAUCGAAGCGGAUGGCAAGAGAGACGAAGCUGAGGGCAACGCAGCUGGGAUUCCUGGCGAAUCUGUGCCAACCGAAGACCCAAAAGUAUCUGGGUCAUCGAAGGAUCUCCGCUCAAAAUCUCCGCCUGCAGGCGCGUUCGUCUUCGAGCGCAAAGCUGCCUAG